UAACUUGGUCAUUAAAACAAAUGUAUCUGAAGGAACUAGCUAGGCUGGCUUCAGUCAGCGAACCUGAACUGCUUAUUUUGCCGAGCGGCUAGCAAAAAAUAGCUGUAGUGUUUACAGGAAGCAAGCUCUGCAUUCUCUAUCAGGGACUGAUUCAGCUGGUGAAACGCCAUCAUCAAGAUCCCUGUCUGAUUUAAUUGAACAGAACAGUAUUUGUAAUGUGUUGCUAUAUCUAAAAAACUGAAACUGAAACACCUGUCUUUGUCCAAUACCUGCGGAAGUUACUUAACCAGCUAAGUCUGCUUAGGGAAGUCAGGCUUGCUGACAGCUAACAUUACAGUGCAUGUAAAUGUACCUGCUGUAAAUGUACCUGCACGUGCUCAGCAAAUGCUCAUUGUAAAUUUGGUAGCUGUGUGUUCUAUGUACAGGUGAAUACUUUAUUUCAGGGCUAAAGUGAUAGAUUUAGGGCUGAUGAUGAGGACAGAGGGGCGUGUGAGUGACCUGGAGGACGACUUCAUGGCUGGAGUACUUGGAAAGAUGCUGUUUAUCGUGGCUCAGCAGUCUGUAGAGGGUUUAACUAAACUGUUUUUCAGACAAGAUUUCUCACUCAUUUGAGAUGCCUUAUGAAAAAUAAUCUUAAUGUACUGAUGAGUAAAUGUUUCACUACAUCACAUCAUUAAUGUUCAUUAUAGUGGGAUAAGCCUAAACUAGAUGCUUGUAAAAAAAAGGGAUUUUUUUUUGGUUGUUUUACUUUUAACAGUAAAGUCUUGGACUGUUUAAAUAGUUUGUUCAGAAAAGUUUGAGAUUUGCACUAUAUUGCCAGAACGUUUUGGGACGUCUGCCUUUACAUGCACAUGAAUGUAAUAUGGAGUCGGCCUGCCCUUUGCAGCUAUAACAGCUUCAACUUUUCUGGGAAGGCUUUCCACAAGGUUUAGGAGUGUGUUCAUGGCAAAGUUUGACCAUUCCACUAGAAGCACAUUUGUGAGGUCAGGCACCGAUGUUGGACGAGAAGGUCUGGCUUGCAGUCUCUGCUCUAAUUAAUCCCAAAGGGUUGAGGUGAAGUUCCUCCACACCAAACUCUCUCAUCCAUGUCUUUAUGGACCUUGCUUUGUGCACUGGUGUGCAGUCAUGUUGGAACAGGAAGGGGUCAUCCUCAAACUGUUCCCACAAAGUUGGGAGCAUGAAAUUGUCCAAAAUGUCUUGGUAUGCUGAAGCAUUAAGAGUUCCUUUCACUGGAACUAAGGGGCCGAGCCCAACCCCUAAAAACAACCCCUGUAUUCAAUGAUUUGGUGGGGUGUCCCAAAACCUUUGUCAAUACAGUGUAUGUAGGUGAUAUGACCAAAAUAUAAUAUCACAAUACUAUUAGACAUUUCUCAGAUAUCCAUCAUAUCAUGAUCCAAUUCAUGUUUUUUUUUUUCGGCAUUUAAAAGUUGUCAAAUGAAAGGGAUAAAAAAAUUAAACGUAAAAUACCAAAUUAAACAUAUAGUGUUAUCAUUUUACAAUUUUAAAGAUUUAAACUGUGCACAACCUUGACAUCAUGUCAGCUGCUUCCAAUCAGGGUGACAAUUGUUGUUAGAUAAAAUGCACAAAAUUAUGUCAUGAUGCACACAGAAAAGUACAUUCUGACAUAAUUUGUCACAAUAUCAAUAUAAUAUCAUAUUAUAUUUCCUAUCCCUUUAAUAAUGACAUAACACUAUUAAAUAGUGUGUCUGGCUUGUAAUUACAUGUUUUAUAAUGAAUACCAGACCAUAUUUUCUAGAAUUUUGGAGAAAUAUUAACAGUAACCAGACUGUUUAGAAGUAAAUAAUAAAAUGUAAUUAAUGUUUUUAUGACCGUAAUUGAGUAACAGGAAAUGACUAUGUGCAUGUCUAUCUUUCCAUGUCUAUAAACAGGUGACGAUGUAAAAGACAAACUACUUGUGUUCUGGGGGAAUUUUGCUUGCAUUUUUUAUUUGUUUUGUCCACUUGUCCUCUUAGAGUGAAGGUCAAUGCAAAUCAUUACAGAUAUUAAAUAAGAUGUUUAUGUUUAUUUAAUAAUUUAGAUUGAAGCCCUCAUUCCUAAAGUGAUAAUAUAUAACUUUUUAACUAGCUGACAGUGCAAGACAAAAUAAUACACAACUUUUUUUUGUCAUACUCACAUGCCUUUGUUUUUGUCCAGAUGUUUUAGAAGACUUCUAAGGACACCAUCUUUCCUUUCUUCAAAUUUAAAAUGCAAAGUAACCUCAGGCAGCACAUCACCUCUAUGGGUUGGAAGGCCUGUGGCACACAUAGAGAAUAAUCUACGUAAGAUGCCUUCUGUGCAUUCUUCUCUCAUUUCCUCUUCUAUGUCUGAGAGCCACAAAGCAUCAGCUCCACCAAACUCUCAGAGAAGACAGAGUCUGGACCGAAGUAUGAAUCAGCAAAGUCAGCAGUCUGUUGAAAAGAUGGACAAACCGACUGAGCGAGAUCAUAGCUCAUUUUCACUUAGCCAGGGAGAACGCAUGCAUCACCAGACAAAUGCACCAGCAGGUGGCAAAUCUCUGUCUUUGAAGAGACGAAGAGAAUCCAGUGCAGAAAUGCAUAGGGAGGGCAAGAGACCGUGUCAAGAAGAACUUGAGCGUUACUCAUCGUCUACUAGUUCUUCCACUUCUGGCUCACCACCAAAGUUUAUUAAACGUGCCUUCUUGAAGACAUCUAAUGAGCCUGUACUGACUCUAAAGGAGAAAUGCUCCCCAACGUUAAAUAAUCCUACUGGAGACAGGAUUAAGGCUUCAAACAAUGUAGCCAAACAGCUUUUCCAAGAACCAAGGACAGAAAGCAAUAAAUUCCAGACAGCAACUCCAAGCACUACGGGACACGGAACAGGUCUUCAUAAAGAAGAGCUGAGAAGGUCUACUGAAAACAAAUGUCUUGCAGGUAACUCAGCCACUGCUGAUCCUUGUACCUCACCUUCCAGUAAACUUAAUCCAAAACGGAGAGAAAGUGGAUCACCUGUCUUCUCACACACGAGUUCUUUGCCAGGUCUUACGGAUAGGUCUGAGAUCAGCUGUCCUUCCCAGCAACCAAAUGCAACUUCACCCAGCUCUCGGGACGUCAUGGAUUCGCAUAAUUCAAAGACUAUUCACAGAGCCAGGAAGGAUGUAGACCUGGUAUGGCAGGAUCCUCUAGAUUUGGAUUCGGGGGAGGAUGAGUGGUUGGAUAGCUGUGUACUCAGCCUCAGCAGCAGCCAUAGUAGUGAGGAGGAUCAGCUGCUGCCUUUGAAGGAUAUCUUGGCACGCAGCACCUGUGUGCUCACCACACCAGAGAAGAUGACAUUCUCUGAGCCGAGCACUCCAGGCCUUAAAGAUGCUCCAGAUAACUUUAAAAAUAAGGCUACAAGUUAUAAGAAUACACUGGAGCAAAUGCUGAAGGAGAAGGAGCAGAAUCAAAAAUCUAAGGAACUUGAAAUGCAGCUACUUCAAGCUUGUAAAGAAGACCUGUUGAAACUAGAUGAAGAAGAUGAAAAUGAAGAAGAAGAGCUUUCCCAUGAGCAAAGGGAAUUCUUACAAAGAUUCUCAGUUACCUCAUGUGUCAUAAGAGACAUCCACCCUGGAGAGGAAGUGUUCACUCUCACCAACUCUGGCCGCCUCUUCAACCAUCAGAGUCUGGAUUUGAGGAAGAUGGAUGUUACGCCCAAUAACAGAGCUCAGCAGACACUGCUACAAGCGCAUUCAGAGCAGCUUCUGCCACUGCUGAGUGCAGGCUUGUUUAGAAGAGCCUUCUCAUCCUCCCCCUGCCAGCCUCAGGUCACCCGCUGGCUUUUUCAGAUGAUGUCAGUCCAUCCAGAUCCAAUCGUCUGUGCACAGAUUCUUCAGGCCUUGACAACUAUUGCCUUAUCUGCUGCUCAACAAAUAGUGGAGAAAAGCAAUAAGAAGUUUGAGGUAUGGGUGCCCAGUAUACAGGAUGUUGCACUAGUCUUCUUAAACAUGGGUGCGUCAUAUGUCAGUUUGUUUCCAUUGGAGGAUCUACAACCCUCUUUCACCGAGGGAGAUCUGCUUGAGAGUUUGGAAAUCCAGCCUGAAGUUACAAGUGAGCAAGAAGGUGACACAUUUCCAGAGCACAAUUUUGAGAACAUUAUCAAGUACCUGGCACUAUGUGCAGCCUUGUGUCCAAAGGUGUACAGUGAUGAGGAGCUGUUGUUGAUGUUAACGGUGGUGUGUAGAGUUAGUUUGGAAACACGUUUGCAGCUGUUGCCCACUGGAGACCUCAGCUGCCUGCUACAGCACCUGCUCAACAACAUGACACAAUGGGAAAUGCAGUUGUCUCAGGUUUGCCAGGCCAUUACCAAUCUGAGUGAGGAUCACCACAACCUCAGACGGCUGGUACAGCUUCUACCUCAUAGUGGUCGAGGAAAGCAACUGAGGAGACAUGUGAGCCUGUCGAUCAUCUCUAAACUGUUAAACCACCAAUGUACUUAUACACCCUCUUGCACAGAACUUCAGUUGUCGGAUCUGAGAUGUUACCUACCUCGAAUGCGUCCCUCCUUGCUGUUAAAGGGCUUAAUGGCUGCAAAGUCCACAGAGCAACAGGAGACUGAUGACUGUGCCAAUACUCCAGACCAACAGGCUUAUUACCUCUGCUACAGCCUUUUGGCUUUGACAAAUGAAGCCUCCAAUUUUGAGUUUUUGCCCUCAACACAGAGGAACGAGCUGCUGCUACUGUCUGCUGAACUAGAGAAACACGUUAAGUGCGACAUCAGGGAGAGUGAGAAAAUGCUUUACAGGAGUAAGGUAAAAGACUUUGUUGCUAGAAUAUACACCAAAUGGCAUGUGCUUCUCCAAAGAUCAAGACCCCCGGGAAAGCUAUAUGAUCAAUGGAUGCCUCUUCCUGAGAAUGAAAUGCCGACAAAGAAAGAGAGCCAAUUCUCUGAGCAGGGAGACACAGAGGAGUCACUGAGUGAGGCGCCUACCAUUGUCCAGUCAGAUGAGGAAGACUUCAUAGAAGAGAAUGAAGACAUAACAAUAGAGAGUGAAGAACAACUAGAGGACAGUGAUGAAAAGAUUCAAGACGAGACUGAAGAGUUACAGGAUGUUUCAGCUGAAAUGAAAGAGAAACAAAGCUUGAUAAGCCUGGACGAAAAAGAUGCAAAUGAGAUGAAAGAUGAUAUGGCAAUGGAUGAAGAACUACUAGAACUAAGUUCUGAUGGGUCAGUAGAGAGCGAUGACGAUGAAGACCUCAUUAGAAGAGAAGACGAGCUUCUUAAAGAUGAUGAGUCUCUAGAUGGAAAUAGAGAUCUUGUAGGGGGAGAGAAUGAGCCUGAGAAACUAGAGGUUUUAGAGGAGCAUGUAGAUAUGCUAGAUAUAAAUGAGAACUGACUCUUAGAUGAAUAGUAAUUUAUUGACAUCUGGGCAUAGUUGCCCCACAUUCCUGUAUCAUCUUGACAUAACUAAAGUUUUAUGACAGGGCAGUAUCAUACAAAUGUAGAAUAAAGCCUCACAAAGUGUUGAAGCUAUGCAGCCCUUUAUAUUUGUGAAUGUGUGGAGAGCAGUUUCCUUAUUUCACUCAUUAGGGAAAAUGAAUCUGUCUGCAUAUUUACUCCGUACUUCUCAGUACAACUGUACCAGGCACUGGCUUGGUUCGAGUCACUGUGCUAUAGUGUGAAAGAACACUUGUUUUCGAGCCCAUGUGUAUAAUAAGCACAAUGCACUGCCUUAACGACCCUGUAGAGGGGGCUUUUUCCUUAUUCAGUCUCUGCCACAGGGUUUCUCAUCUAUGCUGCUGAUUUCUUAGAAGGUUUAUUUAUAUUUUGAUCUUUUACAUUUUACUGAGGGGUGUGUGUGUGUGUGUGUGUGUGUAUUCUAGGAAAACAAACAACCAUAGGUUGGCUGUUGUGGCUUUGUUAAUAAGAGAUUAAGGUGAAUUUAUUUUGCUCUAUUUUUCUAUGACUGUUUACAACCAAAGAAGAUAGAUACAUAAAAAAUAAAUUGUAAAGCACUUUUUUUUUACAUUGCAUUAAAAAUAUUUUAAUGGCCAAAUAGUUUUUGAAAUGUUUACAUUCAUUACAGUACGUAAAUUAUGGUGUAAUUCCUAGGUAAGCAAUAUGUAAAUGAUGGUAGAUACAACUAUGGAAGCUCCUGUUUAUACAUUACUUAAAUGUAUUCUAGCUUGUUGUUCCACUUAAAAUCAGUAGUGCAAUGCUCUACUUGGAUGCCAUUAAAUUCCUUAGGAAUGCUGUAGUCAGACAAAACUGUGGCCUUGAGAUUGUCAUUUUCCUAGGGAGAUUUUGCAUACAUUCAUCUGGAAUUUUCAGCUUUAUAUACAUCAUUUGUAAAAUAAAAUAAAAAAUAAA